AUGUUACAUUCACAUAUUUCACAUCAUAAAAGGUCUUCAAGUUCUUCUCACUUACAUGUAAAACGCGGUAUACCUGCGUCUAAUAAUGCUUCUCUAAUAAUUGUGGCAAUUCUCUUAACUGUAGCUGUUAUAUUAUUUAUUUUAAUUUUGGUUAUUAUGAUUUUAAAACAAAGGAGAAGGAGUAGAAAUAGAAUUUCAAACUCAAAACUUAAACCUCUUCAAUUAGUUGUUACAAAUGAAAUUUGUCAUUUAAAGAAUAACGAUCCAUUAAAGAGAGCCAGUCAAUAUCAAAUGAAUAAGCCGUUGAAUGUGCCUGUAGAAUUGGCCAAGCCCGCGAAAGAAUAUUAUAACAGCGAUGCGAAACCCCUGAUAUUAACAAGUACUGAUUUAAAGGUGUAG